GUGAAUAGAGUGAAGUUGGCACAGAGGCAGAGGCAGGUGUGGAUGGAUAAAGACAGUUAAAUUGAAUGAAUGAACCUGGACAUGCUCUUAACUUAACUUUUGAGUAAACACACAUCAGUUUCAUUCUCAAUACUUCCACUCUACAAGCUCAACUCAAUCAUGGCACACUCCAACAAACCUUUCAAAAUCAUCGCCGCUGCCGAUCACUUCGGCACACCUCUCAAAGAUGCUUUGCUCUCCCAUCUCCGUUCCCUCAACAUCCAAUUCGAAGAUCUCGGAACCUCUUCUUACUAUUCCGCCGGCGCUGAUGUCGGUCGCCGAGUCUCUCAAUCCCUCUCAUCUUCCUCCUCUCCCGAACUCCGCGGCCUCGUCGCCUGCGGAACCGGCGCCGGCGUCUCCAUAUUCGCCAACAAAUUCCCCGGCGUAUUCGCCGCCACAUGUCUUACCCCCUCCGACGCCGUUAACGCCAGAUCCAUCAACAACUCGAACGUCCUCGCUGUCUCCGGCAAAUACACUUCGCUGGAAACAGCGAUCGAAAUUGUUGACACGUGGCUGAACACGCCGUUCAAGUCUCCAUGUCCCGCAAACGACAACAAACCAUGGCCAGAAGAGAUCGAGAACUUCCUCGAUCAAUCUCUCGUUGAAAUGCCGGAAAUCGGAAAAAGUGAACCGGUUGACACGUGUGCGGUUUGCUGUUUAGUGAAGAACCGGGAACUGAACCCGAUCGAUUUAAUUCCGGGCGGUUCGAUGAAGAUUGUUAGGGAGAGUCCGACGUCAGCGUUCGUGAGAUUCAAAGCGGGGAGUGUUGAACCGGCGCAUCACCAUACGUUUGGGCAUGAUUUGGUUGUGAUUGAAGGGAAGAAGAGCGUUUGGAAUCUUACGAAGGAGGAGAGAUACGAUCUAACGGUUGGAGAUUAUUUGUUUACUCCUGCUGGUGAUGUUCAUAGAGUUAAGUAUCACGUGGAUACUGAGUUUUUCAUCAAGUGGGAUGGUCAUUGGGAUAUGGUUUUUGAUGAGGAUUUUCACACUGCCAAUAUUGCAAUUGAUAAGGAAUUAGGGUUAGCCAACUGAUUUUAUCACUCAAUCUCUAAAUUGUGAAAUUGUCUUUCUUGUUUUCCAUCUGUGUUGUUGGUUUUUUGUGGAAUAAUAAACUCCUCACCUGUCUUAGUUGUGUCAAUGUGCAAUCUUUGAGUUGGUAUUAUGAGAAAACAUUCAUACAAGAUUAUUUCAAUAAUUAAAACCUUCUUUGCUUAA